AUGGCUCAUCAUCGCGCUCUGUGUCCCGUCUGGAAUAGCGACGACGGUUCGCCCACUGACAGGCAGACGGUCCUAUCCAUCCGCCCGUCGUCGGUCGGUGGCAGUGUAAUCCCGCUUAGUAUAAUGCUGUCCAAACAAUUAUCUUCGUUUGAAAAGAAUUGUCGGAACCGACACGGAACGACCGUCCUUAGUUCCCCACCCUGUUCACCCCCUGUCUCCUGCCCCCUGAGUUCAGCCCACCCCAGUUCCACCCCACCCUGUUCCCCAGCCCUGUUCAGCUCCCACCACCCGCCCCACCCAGCUCCAGCUCACCCCACCCUGUUCCCACUCCCAGCCCACCCCACCCUGUUCCCACCUGCCCCACUGUUCCCACCCUGUUCCCACUCCCACCAGGCCUCACUCACCCCACCCCCCAGCUCCUGUUCCCCACCUCACCCAGCCUCACCCCACCAGCCCCCACCACCCCACUCCCCGCCCCACUCCCACCUCAGCCCCACCAGCCCCUGUUCCCAGCCCUCCCUGUUCCCUGCCUCCACCCCUGUUCCACCUCCCACCUCACCCCACCUGUUCCCCCUGUUCCCUGUUCAGCCCUGUUCCACCCCACCCCCACUCACCCCAGCCCCACCCUGUUCCAGUUCCUGUUCCCAGCUCACCCUCCCAGCCCUGUUCCCACCCACCAGCCCUGUUCCCAUUCCACCCCACCCUGUUCCCAGCCUGUCCCACCUGUUCCCCACCAGCCUGCCACCAGUCCCCCCUGUUCCAGCCCCAGCCCCAGCUCCACCUGUUCCCACUCCCCACCCAGCCUGUUCCACUCCCACCCUCCACCCCUGUCUCAGCCCACCAGCCCCACCUGUUCCCACCUCCACUCCAGCCCACUGUUCCCACCUGUUCUCACUGUUCCUGUUCCCACCUGUUCCUGUUCCCAGUCUGUUCCACCCCAGUUCCCAGCCCCCACUCCACCCCCACCCCUGUUCCCCACCACUCCACCCUGUCUCCCACUCUGUUCCUCCACCCUGUUCAGCUCCCAGCCCUGCUCCACCUCAGCUCCACCCCAGCUCCCAGCCUCACUCUCCAGCCCACUGCCUCAGCCUCACCUGUUCACCUCCUGUUCCCACCCCUGCUUCUCAGCCUCAGCUCCCUCAGCCCACCUCAGCUUUAGCUCCAGCUUUAGCUUAG